AAUGCUUACGCCAAAACUGCCGCGUCAACUCCCUUCUUCCACAACCCUCGAACCGAGCAGAAGUGAACUGAAGUCCUUGUUCUUGCUGUUGGUCAUUCAAAUGGAUAGAAGAACCCAAAAAUCAAAGAACCCAGAAUCAGGAAAAGAAGAAAACAAUGAAAAGAAGAAGGAAAAGGGAAUGCAAAUAGAAGGGUACCAGGUGGAAGGGUUGUCAAUAGGAGGGCAUGAAACAUGCAUUAUUUUCCCUUCUCUUAACUUAGCAUUUGAUAUCGGUAAAUGCCCACAACGUGCCCUUUCUCAAGAUUUUCUCCUUAUCUCUCAUGGCCAUAUGGAUCACAUUGGUGGCCUGCCGAUGUAUGUAGCAACGCGCGGUUUAUAUGGCAUGAAGCCCCCAACAAUUAUUGUACCUACUGCUAUAAAAGAAGAUGUCGAGAAACUCUUUGAGGUGCAUAGAAAGAUGGAUCAGUCAGAGCUAAAGCAUAAUUUAAUAGGCUUGGAUGUGGGAGAAGAAUUUUUCUUGAGAAGGGACCUGAAAGUAAGAGCUUUUAGGACUUACCAUGUAAUACCAAGCCAGGGUUAUGUGGUUUACUCUGUAAAACAAAAACUUAAACAGGAGUACUUUGGCCUUUCUGGAAAUGAGAUCAAGAACUUGAAGUCAUCAGGUGUGGAGAUUACUUACACUACUACAGCACCGGAAGUUGCUUUUACUGGAGAUACAACGUCUGACUUUAUUGUUGACAAAACUAAUAUUGAUGUUAUGAGGGCUAGGAUUCUUGUUGUUGAGAGCACGUUCAUAGAUAACUCUGUAUCAGUUGAGCAUGCAAGAUAUUAUGGACACAUGCAUCUUUCUGAGAUAAUUAAUUAUGCUGACAAGUUUGAAAACAAAGCAAUUCUUUUGAUUCACUUUUCAGCUCGGUAUGCAUUAGAGGUAUGUCUUGACAGUUCUGGUGUAUGUGAUUUAUUUUAUCUGCAAGCCUUGGAUAACUAUUUGAAGGUUUCACUCUCUUGACCAAGUGUAGUUCUGCAAUCAAAAUCAAGUUGUUUAUUGUACUAUUUACAUACCUAUAAUCAAGGAUUGCCAAAUACCUUCUGGCCAAAAUUUUGUGUGUGUGUGUGUGUGUGUGUGUGUGUGUGUUUCCUAAUUAUCCUAUAGAAAAUUUCCAGAUCUUGUUUGGUUCACCCUUUGGCCUCCCUCAUUCAAAGAUGCUUUUCCUUUUUUAUGAAAUUAAAAGAUGCUUCCAAUCGAAUAGACCAUCAUCUGCUAAAAGAUCGCAGAGUUUCGUUGUUACAGUCAUAGUCUUGUUUUUAAAAUGCUACCUUAAUUUGCAUUUCUUGUUGUGGUUAAGUGGUUAAUCUGCCCUUCCUGUUCUGUCAGAAAAUCGAGGAAGCAGUUUCUGCGCUGCCUUUGCCUCUAGCUGGCCGAGUUUUUGCACUUACAGAAGGUAUCUAAAGAAGUGGAGGUUAGAAUUGGAUCUCUAUUUUGAUCUUGUAUUUCUGUUGUUGUGUGAGUGAAUCUAUGUGGUUCAUUGUUGUCUGUCUUGUUGCGGUGAAGUAGUUGAAUAUCUUCAGAAUUUGCAUUAUAGAUUCUAUUAGGAAGAUGUUAUAGAACUUUGUGGUGUAAUAAUUGUGCUUAUUCAAAUUUGGUGAUAUGGUUUAGGCACAGUUGCAAAUGACUGGGCCUAAUGGCAUAAUGCAUUCUCGGUUUCUCUAUGGAUAGCACUUUUAAGCAAGCAAUUCAUCAU